AUGACGCUGAAGCUAAUUUCGAACUAUCCCACACCUGCAAUACCAACAGCCUCAUCAUCUGACAUCCUGAUCCGCGUAUCACACGUGUCAUUGCAGUUUAGUACGGAGAUUAUGAUGAAGCUACUGCCCAGUUUGCCCUUCAACAGUCCAUGGGUGCCGGAGAUUGAGCUUUCUGGUGAGGUGGUGGCGGCUGGCGGGGACGCACCGGCAGAGAUGCGCAAACCGGGCUCGCAUGUCGUCGCCUUUGAGAGUGUUCCUGGCUCCAUCUUCAUGGGCCGUGGUGUACUGGCGGAAUAUGUGCGAAUACCCGCCUGCCAGGUUGUAAACAUCGAGGCUGGUGUUGAUAUGGCAUCGGCCUCGGGGAUUAGCGGUUCCGGCAGCGUCGCGCUCAGGAUGGUACGCACAGCCGGUAUUGGUGCGGGUCAUUCUGUGCUCGUCAAUGGGGCUAGUGGAUCGGUCGGCUCACUGCUUCUACAGCUGUGCAAGCUUCGUGGUGCGAAGGUGGUCGGUAUAGCCAGCGGCGGUAAUGAGUUCACGGUGCGUGAUCUGGGCGUAGAUGAGUUUAUUGACUACCGUAAUCAUGAUAAUCUACCGGCUUACCUAGCGCGUCAAUAUGGUGAUAGGCCGUUUGACUUCGUGCUCGACUGUGUCGGUACGCAGGCACUUUUCGUGAACUCACCAGCUUAUCUCAAGGUCGAUGGAGCUGUGAUCAAUAUCGGCGUGUUUGAAGGUAUGUUUGCGUCGGCUCGCAAUGCAUUGCUGAAUAACUGGCUGCCGAUAUGGCUUGGUGGCGUGCCGCGCCGUUAUAUCAUGUUUAGCACGCCGCCAGCUUAUGAUGACGUGAUAUACCUGGCGCGUCUUAUUGAGGAGGGUCGACUGCGUAUCCCUGUCGACUCCGUAUUUAGCAUGGAGGAAGCAGUGGGUGCUUACGAGCGCAUCGCCACCAAACGUGCGCAAGGCAAGGUCGUGGUAAAGGUGCAAGGCGGAUAG